UUCACCUCCCAAAGCUCUUUAGAUUGCUAGCUGCUGUUUCCAAACGUAUGUUAUCCCCUCAAAAAUUGCAAGUUGCAUUAAUUCCUUAACUUAGUCAUUCUUUAAACUAAAGUUACCAUAGUAAAAUACUGAAUUUUGUGUUUUCUCAUCAAGACCACCUUUAUCUUUUUCAUCUUGUUUUUUUCUUUACUUUUCUGUCUGCCUAAAGCCUGAUUCUUCAAAAAGUCUUUCCCUGUGUAACCUGGUCAUGGAGGAAAACCCAAACAGUGGGUCAGCAGAAGAUGCUAACAAAUCCCAAACUGAUCUAGGUUCACAGAACUGGGGCCUAGAUGGUAGUGCAGCCAGUGAGAGCCAGGAAAUUGCUGCAGGUGGUCCUUUGCCUUUUCCUGAGGCAGAGCAAACCUCAACAGACUCAUCUGUUGCGCUGGCUACUACUACUUGGCCUGCGGUAGGCGAACAAGAGGACAGUGCAUCUUGGACGGCCCCUAUAGAUGAAAAUCAAACCACUUUCCCGGAAGCGUACUUGGACUCUAGCCACAUUGAGGACAGUGGCACAGAUCUGGUGGAAACUAAUCAGCCUUUAGUAAAUGAAACUUUGGCAGAGAGCCCUGCAAUGGGAACUGAUAGCUUCCUGGAUGGAGCCCCAUUUAGUGCGGAAAGCACAGAAGGAGAGAAGCAGGAAACAGAAGAGCCUUUGUGGGCAAGUGUGGAGCCAUAUGAAAAGGUAGAAACCAGAGCUGUUAACCUCAAGGAGCUAGACCACACAGAGGAGUUUGAAGAGAGAGAUUGUGACAAUAAAGUCAACAGUGACGUUGAACAACCUGAGGCCUUAGCAAAAGCAGGUCAUGAAACCAUGAACAGCACUGAGGUAGAAAUGAUAAGGGAUUCAGAAUAUAAUAAUAGGCAACCAGAGACAACUGUUGGCAGUUACCUCCAGGAAUGUGGCCUAGAAUUUAAUGGGGUUUCUAUGACUCAGGAGACAGGUGAAACAGAUACGGAGGACAUAUUGAAUACAGGGCUGGGGUAUGAGGUGGAUGACUGUACAGCUGUAGAAUACAGUGGGUUUGAACCUAAGAAUAGUUUAGGUUCUUGGAAUCAGGACUACAGAAAAGAGUGUGUGGAUAACUUGCCCUUUGCUGGGAAUACAACCAUAGAAUGCACACAGGAAAGAGAAAUGACAGAUGUUACAGGAUUGGCUGACCUAGAUGUCAGAGGCAAAUCAACUGCAGAGGUUGGAAGGCCUGUUUGUGGUGAUGAGUUGCAUGGUGCGGAAGAGCCUGCCAAAGAGACUGAAGACCAUAGCCACAGCAUCACUCAAAACGAUAAUAUUGCUGGUGAAUGUGACGCUGCCUUUAUCCCCUUUGAAAAGGAUAUGGUUCUGCAGCCUGGGUCUGCAAACACAAAUCUCAGUAAUACUGGGCUAGGUAAUGAGGAAGACAAAUUUGUAGAGAGGGAAGCAUUUUGUGUGGCCGAAGAACUUGGUAGUGAUGUUAGUGUCCCUGAAGCACUGGAAAUGGAUCCUUGGCAGGCCAAUUGGGAUCCAACAGUAAAUACUGAUUCCUGGGGGUUUUCUAGCCAGACCAAUGGAUAUGAUAACUGGCCCUUCCCCCAAAAACAAGACUCCAUAGAUGGAAACAUGGAGAGCCCCUGGCCAGGUUUUAAUGAUAAAUGGUCUGUGGAAGAUUUGGGAGGUUUAGAUAACUGCUGGGGAUCUAUGGGUGUGACACCAAGCAAUCAGAAUCAGGAGGCAUCUUUAAAGCAAGGAUCGGCCGGGGAACAGGCAAACGUUAGCAGCUGUGGACCAAGCAAAGAGAUAGGUAGGCCAUUGGCUCUGUUCCAAAUGGGAAAUUCCAGAAAUGCUAGCACCGAAAGCUCAUCUAGCCCCAAAGAAAAUGAGACCAACAGCUCAGAUUUAUCUGAAGAUGAAAUUGCUAACCGGAGAUAUGGAUUGUUGUACCAAGAAAUAGAGGCUGAUAAAGAAGAGGUACCUACCCCAGUGUGUAGCAUAGUCUAGAAAUGAGAGUUCCUUAGGUCAUAUAUACAUAUAUAUAACCUUGUGUUUUAUGAACACUCCUUUUAUAUGUUGUCCCUGCCCCCAUAACUUAGUGACCAUACCAACAUUCCAAAUUUGAUACAGUUCAGCCAUAUAAGUAUAUUAGGCUGACCCAAAAGAGGUUGGCUGUUGAACAUACCAUCUGAUAUAACUGUAUCUUUUUUUUUUAAAUUUUGUGUUUUCUGAUAUGAAAUAUGCACCUCCAGUCUUUUCAGACUCUUAACCUGUGUCAUUAUUCUUUUCUCUUUUUAGCCAUUUAAUUGUUUUGCUCAAUAGCCUCAGACUGCUUGUCAGAAUUUUCAUUCUUUCCCUUCACGUUUUUUAUCUUUUGACUUUUUUAAUUUAAAAAAACACCUGUGUGUCUUUGUAAUGUGCAAGCAAGAGUUUGUAAAACAUUAUUUACACUUUGAUGAUAGCUAAUAUAAUACUAACAGUGAUUU